AUGGCGAGACUGAUUGCCCCGAAACCCGAUCAUCGUCUCAUCACAAUUGUCCAAUACAACGUCCUCCGAGCCAUGAUUUGGAACUUGGCGGCACUCUCCAUGUUGGAUCAGAUUCCAAGUGGAUGCGCCGAAACAUUUGGCGUUUCCGGCCAGAAUAUCAGCGAGAACACCGGACAAAUUCCGCCAGACCUUCGAUGGACAACGGUACAAAAAUCAGUGGAUCAUCCUUACUGGAUCAGUGUCAUUCCGUUCCCCGCCAUGAGGGAUAACUUGAUUCUCAUGGCGGACCAAUAUGAUAGCCGUGAUCUCUUGCACGACAUGGGAAUAGGGCUGUACGAAGGCCUUGAUGAUGCCGAAAGAAGAGGCUUCUUGGUUUGGGAAGAUCCAUGGCGUGCAUCUGGGUGGGAGGUUAGCGAGGGUUUUGUGAAGAAAUGGGGCUUCUUGCUCAAAGGUUGCUUAUUUGAGAUGGAGACAACCAAUCGGUGGAGGGAAUUGCGAGGAGAGGAGAGGUUGGUCGUUGAGGUAUGA